GUAUAUUGUCUGCUUAGAUCUAAUUUAGCUUAGAUUCUGAAACGGUUGACUUUUACUUUUUCCCAACUUCUGGAAUUCCAUUUAACGCAUGCGUAGGUUGAGCUGGUUUCUUCAGGGGAACUGGUUGCCCCUGGCAACGGGUUGGGCCAAACAAUGGGCCGAGUUGUUGGGUCAAGUUUCAGAGACAUUUUAGGUGGCAAACAUGUCCGACCAGGAGCUGGACGCAGCUGUGAUUAAGGCCACCCAGCAGAGCCUGGGCAAGUACAUAAAGAAGCCGCCGCUGACAGAGAAGCUGCUCAGGAAGCCGCCCUUUCGCUACCUGAUGGACAUCUUUAGCGCGUUUAUAAGGGAAACGGGCUGCUUUGAGGGUCUCUACACUCCGGAGGAGCAGCUCUUCGAGAACAUCAACGAUCGCAAUGACAAGACGCGCUUUCUGCAGAAGAUGAUUGAUGUCACAAAACUGACCACGAAGCGGGAGCUGAAGGUGCGCACCUCGAAAAUUGUGGCGGGGCACGAGCCAAGGCUGACCAACGAACUGCUACAGGCGAUGGCCAGCGUCGUGGAGCAGCAAUUGGACUGGCAUGAUGCAGUGCAGCAGGUGCUGGCUAGCGACCAGACCGAGCUGUCGAAGUCCAAGCCAAGCAAAGCCGGUGACAAACCAAAAGCUAGCGGCAAGCAAACGUCGCCAACUGCCAAGGAACAGCUCGCUCAGCGCAGAGAGAAGCGCAUAUCGCCGCAGGAGCAGAAGCUACGCAAGGCCACAGAUCAGGCAGCACGCGCAACGCCCACCGACAAGGUGCCGGCAGCACAGCAGCGCCGGCACAAGGCCUCGCCGGAAGCGCCAAAGCCGAAGCCAAAGCCGAGCAAGCAGAGCUCCAAGCAAAAGAGUCCCUCUCCCACGUCGAAGAUUAAGCAACAAGCUUUAACGGAGGCUGAACAGAAGUCCAUGUCGCCGACACCUGCUGUCAAGCUGCCCUCCCCAGCGUCGUCGCCCAAGGCUGAACCGCCGGAGCCGGUCAAAGAGCUUGCCAAGGAGCCAGCCAAGGAGCCAGCCAAGGAGCCUGCCAAGGAGCCCGCCAAGGACCCACCUCCAAGUGCUGCUGCAGCUGAGCACGCGGAGCCGGAAAGCCGCAAAUCCUCUAGCAAAAGUCGACGCUCCAGCGCUAGUCAGCGGCAGGCAGCAGUCGAAGCGGUCUCCCCGGAUCCGUCCAAGAGCCCCAACGAAGAACAGAGCACAGCCUCAGCCUCGACUCAGCCAGCUGCGGACUCCAACAUCAGUGAGCCCAAGCGGGAGCGCGAGGGCACCUUCACACGCGAGAACUCCAAGGAGUCGACACGUCCGCGCACCUCAUUGCGGCCGCCCAGCGCCCGUCCGGCCUCGGCACGUCCGGGCGCACCACGGCGACGGAAUGUGGAAAUCGUGCUGCAGCCAAACGAUCAACUCAAGAUGAACGGCAUCAAUGUAAAGCUGGAGACGUUUGGGGACUUCGAUGAUGACGGCGAGAAUCUGGUAGUCAUUGAGGAUGCCCAUGCACAUGACAUCGAUGCGGGCACGGCGGACACUGGAGCACUAGAUCCGGAGGCUAAUCAGGGCCGUUUGGUGCAGCAAAUUCUGGAGACCCAAAAGGAGCUCGUGCAGCAGGGCAACGAUGCAGGCAAGGAGGAGUCCCAGCAGAAGACUCAGUCGUCAACCACGCGGCAGAGCUCCGCGCGCCAAAUGAACGAUCUGCGCGACAUCAUACAGACCCUGACCAAGUCCGUGAAUCCGCUGGGCAAGCUCCUUGACUUUAUACCCGAAGACAUCGAUGCCAUGCAGCUGGAGCUAAGCAUGUGGCGGGAGUCGUACACACAGGCCGCCGCAGAGCUGAAGCGGGAGCGCAGCCUCACGGCAUCCGCCACGGAGCCCAUGAAGCAGCAGCUGCUCGCCAUCGAGGCCAGCAUUGUCGAGUACAAGGAGCUGGUCGACGAGAGUCGCCACAAGAUCCUCCAGAACAAUGAGCGCAUACUCAAAAUGCUGAUGGAGCAGUGAAAUGUUGUUUUUUGUGCCUUGUCUUGUAGUUUUUGAAAUAUGUUUUAAUAGGAAUACGCCGCGUAAAUAAAGUAGAGUCCAAGUUUGUCGAGUC